AAUCGCACCAACACAAACACAAACCCGCUCCCGGUUUGACAGUUCGCUUGCGGCUUCGUCUUGUUUCUCAAAAAGUUGUUUGUCAUUUUUAGCAUAGGGAGAUUUUUUAGAAGAUUCAAGAGUUCGUCGUCCCCGUAAAGGAAAUUGCAUUUUAAAGAUGUUUCUCACCCGCUCCGAGUACGACCGCGGUGUCAACACCUUCUCGCCGGAGGGUCGUCUGUUCCAGGUGGAGUAUGCCAUCGAGGCCAUCAAGCUUGGUUCGACGGCGAUCGGAAUCUGCACACAGGAAGGUGUGGUGAUGGCCGUGGAGAAGCGCAUCACGUCGCCGCUGAUGGAACCGACCAAGGUGGAGAAGAUCGUCGAGGUCGACCGGCAUAUCGGUUGCGCCACGUCGGGGCUAAUGGCCGAUUCGCGGACGCUGCUGGACCGGGCCCGUGUCGAGUGUCAGAACCACUGGUUCGUGUACAACGAGCGGAUGACGGUGGAAUCGUGCGCCCAGGCCGUGUCCAGUCUGGCCAUUCAGUUUGGCGACAGCGACGACACCGGAUCGGCCAUGAGUCGGCCUUUCGGGGUGGCCAUUCUGUUUGCCGGUAUCGAGAACGGUGAACCGCAGCUGUGGCACAUGGACCCGUCCGGGACGUACAUCCGGUACGAUGCCAAGGCCAUCGGGUCGGGCAGCGAGGGCGCACAGCAGAACCUUCAGGAAUACUACCUCCAAACGAUGACCAUCAAGGAAGCGAUCAACCUGGCCCUGAGCACGCUGAAGCAGGUCAUGGAGGAGAAGCUGAACUCGACGAACGUCGAGGUGAUGACGAUGACCGCCGGCGAGCUGUUCCGGAUGUUUAGCAAGGAAGAGGUUGAAGAGUACAUCAACAACAUGAGUUAAAUCUGGGGGGUGAAAGUCUGUCCGGAGUAAAAUAUUCCGUUUUUUCUUUGCUGUGCUGAACUCAAAAAAGAAGCUGAUGAAAAUAAAUUUUGGUUAAGAAGGAAAGCAACCAGAAAUUGUACAUGGUCAAUCGACUGGAUGUUUUGGAAACGAAUAAAAGAGCCCACAACUGCUGAUUGAA